ACAACGCUGUCACUUGCCGCUGGCUUCUGUCAGAGUUUCUCUCUGAUUGUUUUCAGAACAGAAAGUGCUUCCCGAGGAGCGCGCAGAAACAAUGUGCCGCUCCUGACCAACACUGAAUGGAUUAGCUGGCUAUUCAGAGCACUAAUGAGAUUACAGAGUCACAACAGACAUGGGUCCUAGCGGCAUGGUACCUUUUGUCGCGCUUCUUGAGGAGUGUUUUCCUUGUCAGUCCCUCAGCACUGGAAAUGGCGCUCUGAAAGUGAACGAGGCGGACCCGGCGCAGUCGGAUGCCAGGGAAUAGACGCGCACAAGCUCACCUAUGUUGGUUUCGUGGUGGUAGUGGUGGACAAUAUGAAGUACCAGAAAUACAUAACAGUGAUGCAGAUGGCCAUGGGAGUGACAGCCUCCAACAAAGACGACUGCAUCCCUCCGAAGAGACAGCUGUGGGUGCCACCUGAUUCAGAUGCCCCCGCUGCCUCUGCUGCGACGCCACCUGCUGCGGCUGCGAGUCAGGGCAAACCAUCACUGCGCAGGAUCAAGGGCCGUAUCCACAGAAGCAAGAGCCUGGACAGUAUAGAUCUACUGGACUGCAAUAGUACAACAAUGGAGGAAACCGUAAUAUGGGAACAGCACACGGUGACUCUUCACAGGGCGCCAGGUUUCGGGUUUGGAAUCGCCAUCUCAGGGGGCCGUGACAACCCUCAUUUCCAGAGCGGAGAGACCUCUAUAGUGAUCUCAGAUGUGCUUAAAGGGGGACCAGCGGAAGGACUUUUACAAGAGAAUGAUAGAGUGGUGAUGGUGAACGGUGUCUCCAUGGACAAUGUGGAGCAUGCCUACGCUGUUCAGCAGCUGAGAAAAAGUGGAAAGAAUGCCAAAAUUACUAUCCGCAGAAAGCGGAAGGUGCAGAUUCCUGUAAGUCGAGGGGGAGACAGAGAGACUAUGUCAGAGCGAGAGGAAGAGGACGACACUGAGGAGGAUGAUUAUGAGGGACCAGCACGUGCAGGGGAAGCGAGUGGAGGCACUAGCAGAAGAAACGAGCGCAGCGGCAGCACCGGAAGGAGAGACCAUAGUAAUUCCCGUGAGAGGAGCAUUUCCCCGCGCUCAGACAGACGAUCAGUUGCAUCCAACGUCCCGCCACGACCUUCCAAAGUCACACUUGUCAAGUCCCGCAAGAAUGAAGAAUACGGCCUGCGUCUGGCCAGCCACAUAUUUGUAAAGGACAUUUCUCCCGAGAGCCUUGCAGCCCGUGAUGGCAACAUACAAGAGGGAGACGUCGUCCUGAAGAUCAAUGGCACAGUGACUGAGAACCUGUCUUUGAUAGACGCAAAGAAGCUUAUAGAGCGAUCGAAAGGCAAGCUGAAAAUGGUGGUGCAGAGAGACGAGAGGGCGACACUCCUAAACAUUCCAGAUAUGGACGAUAGCAUUCCCUCAGCUAAUUCCGACAGAGAUGACAUUUCAGAAAUUCAUUCACUGGCAUCAGAUCAUUCCCAUGAGCACACCCGUCGCAGUCGAUCCUGUUCCCCUGACAAACGCUCAGAGCCCUCCGACAUCUCCGGCCACUCUCCACAGCAGAUGAGCAACGGCAGGCUGAGGGGCUCUUUUCUCACCAGAAUGCUCCCGCUCCACAGGAGUCGCGAGGAGGAGCGCAUCUCCAAACCAGCGGCGGUAUCCACUCCAGUUAAGAUGACGGAAGAUGCCCUUCUGGUUCCGCCAACAGAACAGCCCGGGGACAAACAGAUCCCUCCACUGCCAGAGCCGAAACCAGUGUAUGCACAACCUGGGCAACCUGAUGUUGAUCUGCCAGUCAGCCCCUCUGACGCCCCUGUGCCCAGUGUCACUCAUGAUGACAGCAUCCUCCGGCCUAGUAUGAAGCUGGUGAAGUUUAAGAAAGGCGAAAGUGUAGGAUUGAGGCUGGCAGGAGGAAAUGAUGUGGGGAUCUUUGUUGCUGGUGUGCUGGAAGACAGUCCUGCUGCUAAGGAAGGCCUGGAAGAGGGAGACCAGAUACUCAGGGUUAACAAUGUUGACUUUGCAAACAUCAUUCGUGAGGAAGCAGUGCUGUUCCUGCUCGAUCUGCCCAGAGGUGAAGAGGUCACCAUCCUGGCUCAGAGGAAGAAAGAUGUGUACCGGCGGAUAGUGGAGUCUGAUGUGGGCGACUCCUUCUACAUCAGAACACACUUUGAGUAUGAGAAAGAGUCUCCAUAUGGGCUGAGCUUUAAUAAGGGAGAGGUGUUCAGAGUGGUAGACACCCUCUACAACGGCAAACUGGGCUCCUGGCUGGCCAUCCGCAUUGGGAAGAACCACCAGGAGGUGGAAAGAGGCAUCAUUCCCAACAAGAACAGGGCGGAGCAGUUAUCAAGCGUACAGUAUACACUCCCCAAAACUACAGGCGGUGACCGAGCUGACUUCUGGAGGUUCAGAGGUCUGCGCAGUUCAAAGAGGAACCUGCGGAAGAGCAGAGAAGAUCUGUCAGCUCAGCCUGUUCAGACCAAGUUCCCUGCGUAUGAGAGGGUGGUUCUAAGAGAAGCUGGGUUCCUGAGACCUGUUGUGAUCUUCGGGCCGAUCGCAGAUGUGGCACGAGAUAAACUGGCGAGAGAGGUGCCUGACAUGUUUGAGCUUGCAAAGACACAGCACCCAGAUGGAAGGGAAAAGAGUGAACCCAGAGAUGCCGGCACUGACCAGCGCAGCUCGGGGAUCAUACGCCUUCACACUAUCAAACAGAUAAUCGACCGGGACAAACAUGCAGUGUUGGACAUUACUCCUAAUGCAGUGGAUCGGCUGAACUAUGCUCAGUGGUAUCCCAUCGUGGCGUUACUGAAUCCUGACAGUAAGCAGGGUGUGAAGAACAUGAGGACCAGACUGUGUCCUGAGUCCAGGAAGAGUGCCAGGAAACUCCAUGAGCGUGCACUUAAACUGAGAAAGAACAACCACCACCUAUUCACAGCCACCAUUAACAUGAACAGCAUGAAUGAUGGCUGGUAUGGAGCGUUGAAGGAGACCAUUCAGCAGCAACAGAACCAGCUGGUGUGGGUCUCAGAGGGCAAGGCGGAGGGCGCACCUGACGAUGAUCUGGAUCUUCACGAUGACCGUCUGUCCUAUGUAUCUGCCCCUGGUAGCGAGUACAGUAUGUACAGCACGGACAGCCGUCACACCUCAGACUACGAGGACACUGACACAGAGGGCGGAGCCUACACGGACCAGGAACUAGACGAGACCCUGAACGACGAGGUUGGACCGCCCAUUGAACCCGCCAUCACUCGCUCCUCAGAGCCCGUUCGGGAGGACCCGCCCGUCAUCCAGGAACCUCCUGGAUACAGAGUGUACCAGCCUGAACCCCUGAACCGCAUCGACCCCGCAGGGUUCAAGGCCCCUGCACCUCAGCAGAAAGCAGAGGCUGCUCUUCCCAUGCAGCCUGAGCCGCUGGCAGAGACAGCGCCCCCUGCUGUUCAUGUAAAUGUAGGGGCCCUGAGUGCCAAGGAUCUCCCGGUCACCCUCACUCAGGGGGAUUUCAGCCCAGAGGCUGGCUCUCUCUUCCCACCUGCCCCUGAGCUAGCCCAACCCCCGUCUCCCGACCCCAACCAAUCCGGACAACCAGGGUCAGAGUCCAAGAUGUACAAGAAGGAUAUCUAUCGUAACAACGAGCCGGUGCAGGUUAACCAGAACCCUAUGCAGCCCAACUACAACCCCCAGCAGCCCCUCUACCAGGAAGACAAGCCAUACAGAGAUUACGACCACCAGCCCUACUGCUACGAUGGGGGCUACAUGGAACCAAAGGCUCGUAAUUUUGACCCCCACCUACAUUUUGACAGCAGCAUGCCUCCGUACGAUGAGCAGUGGGCCCCGUAUGACCAAACCUCUGGAUACGAUCCUCAUAUGCCCUAUGAGGAUGGUCUGAACCGCAUAUACGGUCAUCCUCAGAUGCGACAUGACACAGGCUAUGACUCCAGUCGACCUCGCUAUGGCAAACCCAGCCCCGGACCGAUCCGACAUGAUGAACCGCCCCCUGCGCGCCCGCAGUAUGACCAGGAAGCACUCCCUCGUACUCAAGCCUCUUCCCGCUCCCCUGAACCCCCCAAACAACAGUACUAUGACCCAUCCCAGAGGCCUUCCUAUACUCAACCCCCACAGAGGGGCUACGUGAACUCUGAGGCCUCUGUGACCCCUCCUAAACCUGAGUCCAUCUCACCGCCAGUGGAACCUGCACUUCCUCUUCCUCCAGCUGAGGCAGAGGAUGACCCAGCCAUGAAGCCCCAGUCCGUGCUCACGAGGGUUAAAAUGUUUGAGAACAAGCGAUCCGUGUCUGUGGACAGAGCAAGAGAGUCUGCAGACACUGGUAUUAGGCCUGUGGACAUGGUGCCUAAACCUGGUGCUGCCUCCAUGCCCAAAGCCAAUUCUUUAAGUAACCUGGACCAAGAGAAGGCCUUUAGAUCUCCAGAGCCACAGCAGCCCCAGCCUAAAGCAACAGAUGAUAUCAUUCGUUCAAAUAACAAUGACCCUGAUGAGGAUGAGGAGUACUACAGGAAACAGCUGUCUUACUUUGACCGCCGAAGCUUUGACAGCAAACCCUCUGCACAGCUGGCACCUGCCAUCAAGCCAACCCAACCCCAGUCCCAGCCAGGGUACUACCCCAGGGCAGAGUCAGUGGAGAAGAUCAACCCUGUUGCUCCAGCUAACCCAGCUGUCCCACCCCCGACCCUGCCCAAACCCUCAGUCACUCCACCUCUCGACCCACACGGAUCUCCCAAAGUGAAGCCUCCCAAUCAUGAAGACACAGUCCAGAGCACUUACUUGCCUCAGAAAAGCUUCCCAGACAAAUCUCCUGUUAACAGCACCGGCGAACCUCCAAAGACCAACAGCACUACCACAUCCAGCUACAACCGUUUUGUGCCCAAGCCGUACACAACCUCUGCAAGACCCUUCGAGCGCAAGUUUGACAGCCCCAAGUUCAACCACAACCUCCUGCCUAAUGACUCUCAAAAUAAGACGGAUAAUGUGAAAGCUCCCAUCAGUACCACAACCAAACCACAGAGCUCGCCCCAGCCGAUAGACCACGACAGCGGCCUGGACACCUUCACCCGCACCAUGGAUCAGAAACCCAAAUACCAGCAAAACAACAUCAACGCUGUACCCAAGGCAAUACCUGUCAGCCCGAGUGCUUUGGAGGAUGACGAUGAUGAUGACAGCCACACGGUGGUGGCGACGGCACGGGGCAUCUUCAACAGUAACGGCGGGGUCCUGAGCUCCAUUGAGACGGGAGUGAGCAUCAUUAUCCCUCAGGGAGCCAUUCCUGACGGUGUGGAGCAAGAGAUCUACUUCAAAGUGUGUCGUGAUAACAGCAUCCUGCCACCUCUGGACAAAGAGAAAGGUGAAACUCUGCUGAGUCCUCUGGUGAUGUGUGGUCCCCACGGCCUGAAGUUCCUGAAGCCAGUGGAGCUCCGCUUACCUCAUUGUGCGUCUAUGACCCCUGAUGGUUGGUCUUUUGCUCUAAAAUCCUCCGACUCCUCGUCGGGUGAUCCUAAGAGUUGGCAGAACAAAUCUCUCCCUGGGGAUCCUAACUACCUGGUUGGAGCCAACUGUGUGUCUGUGCUUAUUGACCAUUUCUGAGGAGGGCAACAGCAGGUCCCGUUAGUGAAUGUGGAACCAGAUUAAAGGAGAGAGGACCUUCCCCUUAUAAACACACACACACACACACACACACACACUUCCACAAGAUGAAGGCGCUACGUGACACUAAAUGAAGGGUCUCCUGACUGUGCUCUGGCUUUAUUUACGGUAACCUCUGAGACUGGAGGGAGGGUUACAUUCGGUGAAGUGCUGUUUUAAUCUCCUCAUCAUUUUCCUCCUCUUCUUUUUUUUUAAGUGCUUUUAAAGGCUUUCGAGGAUAACAAAAACAGACAUUAACCAUCGAUGGACUACAUGCUCUGUGCCACUGACCAACUAAUACUCGCACUGUAAGCCAACUGUAAUAUCUUGCGACACAUUAAGUUGUGUUGUCUAUUUUUUAAAGGAUUUUAUUAGGUUCUUCCAUUCAGUCUAGGCUACUUAAACGUAUAGACUAUAUUAAUCUGCAAGUGUAUUUGAACUUCAUGUAGUAUGCACACUAUAAUGUUAUGAUUCUCAUGUAUAGUGUAGGGUGACCAUACGUGCCAUUUGUUUUGGCUUUGUUUUCCUGUUUUCAUGCUUG